UCUUCCUGCCAUUUUGAAAAAUCUCGCGUCUGUGUUCCUACAUUGCAGCAUCGUCCGCGCUGUAGCUACUCGAUCAUAUCUUUUCUGUUGGUGUGUGUGUGUGUGUUUAAUCAGUGAUUUACUUCAAGAUGAAUGUUAUUGAUCAUGUGCGGGACAUGGCAGCCGCGGGCCUUCAUUCUAACGUGCGGCUCCUGAGCAGUCUUCUACUGACUAUGAGCACCAACAACCCGGAGCUCUUCUCUCCAGCACAGAAGUAUCAGCUGUUGGUUUAUCACGCCGAUGCCAUCUUCCAUGAUAAAGAGUACAGAAAUGCAGCCUGCAAGUACAACAUGGCUCUCCAGCAGAAGAAGGUGCUCAGUAAAACCUCUAAAGUGCGUCCUUCCAGCACAGGAGGUCCUUCUUCAGUCCAGACCCAGAACUUGCCUUCAGAGAUUGAGGUGAAGUACAAGAUUGCAGAGUGUUACACCAUUUUGAAGCUGGACAAGGAUGCCAUCUCUGUUUUGGAUGGGAUUCCCUCAAGGCAGAGGACUCCCAAGAUCAACAUGAUGCUGGCAAACCUGUAUAGAAAGGCAGGACAGGAGCGUUCAGCGGUCACGAGCUACAAGGAAGUCCUGAGGCAGUGUCCUCUCGCACUGGACGCUAUUAUUGGGCUGCUCUCUCUGUCUGUGAAGGGAGCUGAGGUGGCCUCCAUGACCAUGGAUGUGAUUCAGAGUAUCCCCAACCUGGACUGGCUCUCUGUCUGGAUCAAAGCCUACGCCUUCAUUCAUGGAGGAGAUAAUCACAGAGCCAUCAAUACUAUCUGCUCCCUGGAGAAAAAGUCUCUCCUGAGGGAUAACGUGGAUCUGUUAGUGAGCCUAGCAGACGUGUACUUCCGAGCCGGAGACACCAAGAACGCCAUCCUGAAAUUCGAGCAAGCGCAGAUGCUCGACCCAUAUCUAAUCAAAGGCAUGGAUGUGUACGGCUACCUUAUGGCUCGAGAAGGACACUUGGAGGAUGUGGAGGUUCUCGGUGGUCGACUGUUUAACAUCUCGGAUCAGCAUGCGGAACCCUGGGUAAUAUCUGGGUGCCACAGUUUCUACAGUAAGCGCUAUUCUCGUGCACUUUACCUGGGGGCCAAAGCCAUUCAGCUGAACAGUAACAGCGUCCAGGCUCUGCUUCUGAAAGGUGCUGCGCUGCGCAAUAUGGGCCGAGUGCAGGAGGCCAUCAUUCACUUCAGGGAAGCCAUGAGGCUGGCACCGUGCCGUCUGGACUGCUACGAGGGACUGAUUGACUGUUACCUGGCAUCCAAUGGCAUCCGUGAGGCAAUGGGCAUGGCCAAUAAUAUUUAUAAGACUCUCGGUGCCAACGCUCAGACUCUUACUAUUCUGGCCACUGUGUGUCUGGAGGACCCCAUGACCCAGGAGAAGGCUAAGACCCUGCUGGACAAAGCCCUCGCCCAGCGGCCAGACUACAUUAAAGCUGUGGUGAAGAAAGCAGAACUUCUCAGUCGAGAACAGAAAUACGACGAAGGCAUAGCACUUCUGCGAAAUACCCUGGCCAAUCAGAGUGACUGCAUGCUGCACAGAAUGCUGGGAGAUUUUCUAGUCGCUGUUAACGAGUAUCAGGAGGCCAUGGACCAGUACAGCAUAGCACUGAGCCUGGACCCAAAUGACCAGAAGUCUCUAGAGGGCAUGCAGAAGAUGGAGAAGGAGGAGAGCCCUACAGACGCCACGGUGGAGAUCGACGGGGACGACAUGGAGGGCAGCGGAGAGGAGGGAGACCUCGAGGGCAGCGACAGCGAGGCGGCGCAGUGGGCCGACCAGGAGCAGUGGUUCGGCAUGCAGUGAGCGGCCUGCACUGAUCCUCGGACCAGCCUCCUUCUGCCUCGUAUCAUCACUCAGCAGGAAACACCACAAACUGAUCCUGGAUCAACACCUGACUGUGGAGUUUGAGACACACUGUAGCCUGGCCUACAGAAAGUGUCGCAGCGCCUCCUGCAGGCUGGGAGCCGUGUCUGCGCAGGCCAAAGCACAGGAAAGCCUGACUAAUCUGUGCAGAAAACAUGGACUAUACUGUAACAGGUGAUGGUGCACAGUAAUAAAGAACAGCACUGAUGCUUGGAAACACUUUGCCACUGUGUAGCAAAAGCAAUGCCUUUUUAUCAGGGUUUGUCUUUUGGCUUUACACAGGUCAUGUGACUGUACACGACUCUGCUCUGCGCUUCAGUUUUGAAUCUAACGAUCAUACUUUUUUCUUUUGAGCAUCACAGUCACUUUUCCAGAUUUGCCACAGCGAGAUCUCUCCCACACCAUUUUCUAAUGAACUUUACCACAUGAGCCUAUUUGCUCGUUUUUUCUUAGGGGGUAACGGCAAAGCCUUAGUUUUAUCACUUCUACUACAGAUCACAGAAUUUUCCUCUUAUUAAACUGCAUUGUAACUAUGCUAACAUACCCCCCCCACCCCCCCCCCUCACAUCUCACAUGAUGAAUGAGAAUGCAGCACAGGCCAACAAACUAGCUCCAGAAUUGCUAAACACAUCCCACAUAUUUUAAUAUAAACACAUUUACCUUGGUUCGGGGCAGGACUUUUCCCUUUACCUUUGAUGCUAAUUUUAAUGCCCUUGUGAACAUCUCUGAACAGUUCUUUCCACAGGUCCAGGUUUAUUCCUGACGUCAUUAGUAAGUGAAGAACCACACAGUAGAACAAACUCCUUCAAAAGGAGGAAGCAUUUGUUUCCCCAUCAGCGUAUUGAUCAACUUAAAUCCAUGUAGCCUGAAGUGCUCUUUGUGGUGUUACUUAUUUUUUAUUCUAACGUUUAUAAUGAUAUUGUGGCAUUGUGAACUGUGAAUAAUACUAUUUUUCAAUGUUAACAAAUAAAUCAUGACAGAUUCUUUA